AUGGCUUGCUCAGACAAAAUCCAUGAAUCAAUAGUCAAAAAACUAAUGAAUAUACUGAGAAUUAAUCCAUAUUCUACUUUCUUAAAAUCCCUAAUAGAUGUUCCAAAUCUAUCGAACUACAAUAUUGCACUUAAAUCUGACUCAGGCUUGGAUCAACGUGUAUACAAUCUUCCUACUACAUCAGAAGUUGCAGGGAUAUGGGUUGAAAGAGAAAUCACUGAAGUUAGUUCUGCACCUCAUAUUCGAAUCUACACUCACAGCAAUAGAUCUCAAAUAGUGAACUACUAUUACGGAUGUUAUGAUCCGCUACAGUAUCCACUAUUGUUUCCAUAUGGUCAAAAUGGAUACCUUGACAUGGAAGCUCAAAAUCUUGAAAAAGGAAAACGAAAAAGAGAUAAUAUCUCUCUUCGUGAAUAUUACUGUUAUAAAUUCCAAAUGAGAGAAGAUGAAACAAAUGAAACUUUGCAUUCUGGAAGAUUAUUCCAACAAUAUUCAGUAGAUGAACACAUAAAACUUGAAACACAGAGAUUGGACUUUUUUUCAUUCAAUCCAGAUCUCUUUAGGAUAGAAAUGCUACAAGGACUCAUUGAUGUUUUAAGACUUGGAGAAAGAGACGCUUCAAAUAUAGGAAAGCAAACAUUCCUUCCUCUUACUUUUAUAGGCGGACCAAGAGACAUGCAUCGAUGCUACAUGGAUGCUAUUUCUUUGAUACAACAAUUUGGAAAACCUGAUCUAUUCAUAACGAUGACUUGUAACCCAUCUUGGCCCGAGAUAAAAGAGCACUUGCUACCAACUGACGAAGCACAGAACAGACCUGAUUUAAUUAGUCGAGUUUUUAGAGCAAAGAUAGAAGAACUAAAAACAGAUAUAUUAAAAAGAAAUAUCUUUGAAAAAGUUGCAGCUUUUAUGUAUACUAUAGAAUUUCAAAAACGUGGUUUACCACAUGCUCAUUUUCUUAUUAUACUUACUAAUGAAUACAAACUACUCACUCCAGAAUCUUAUGACAAUAUUGUUCGUGCUGAGUUACCUGAUUGUAAAGCUGAAGAAACCUUAUAUAAACUUGUUCUCCAACAUAUGAUGCAUGGACCUUGUGGUAAGUUAAAUCCUACAAAUUCAUGUAUGAAGAGGAAGAAGCAGAUAGGACAAAGGCCUUCUCUUUCCGUCCGCUCUUCCCGAAGUGCCAAAAGAAAAAAGGUUGUUGCAAAUUCAAUUAUCCAAGAAGCUUUGCUGAUCAAACAUCAAAAGGAAAAAAUUCUUACCCAAUUUAUAGAAGACGGAACACAGGACUUGUGA